AUGUACAGACUCACACUCGCCCGCUCCCUCAGAGCACCCAUCACUCCCAUCCGAUCAUUCUCCUCCACGGCCCGAUCGCUCCAAAAAGGCCCACCUACCACUCAAGGACACUCGACCGACAAAGCUCACCAAACAGGUCAUUCCGAUGGUGAUGUCCAAUCGGCCUCGGUCAGGGCAGGUCAAAAUGCCAAAGACAAUGCGUCACCUACCGCUCAAGGCGAAGCUCAACCUUUCGAUGCUGCCAGACAAGGUUCCAGUGGAGGAACGGCGAAACCUUCAGAGGCGAAAGCAGAAGUGAAAGAUGAAGGUCAAGCUGGAUCAUUCAAGGAUCAAGUUGGAGGUCAAGAUGAGUCUGCACCCGGGGUAGAGUUUGGUAAAACCGAGAAAGCCCCGGGUGGAAGUUAUACGGAUAGUGUGAAAGAGACGGUGAAGAGUGGAUUUGAUGGAUUGAAGAAGUUGAGAACCGAAGGCAAAAACUUCCACACAUCCGCUCGUCAGCUCUACCCAGGAAAAGGUACUUCCCCCUCAGCCGAGACGGAGGGUUCGAGACAACCUAAAGAGCCCAACCUCGAAGGUGAACAAAACCAACACCUCAAACAUCAAGCUCCAGGUACAGCCGAUCAAGGUAAAGGUAAUGCUGCCGAGACACCCCAUUUACCAUCACGAAAGGGCGAUGUCACGACCGGUGGGUCGGGUGCACCCACUGCUCCACAAUCGGGAAAGAAGGCUUUCUCGACUUAUAGCAGGCAAAUGAUGGCUGCUCAACCUCCCAAGGGAUAUGCAAAGGCUUUGACUAGUGAGGGUGAACAGGCUGGUUAUAACGCACCUUCGGAAGGUUUCCCUCGACGACUUGACGAUACUUACACUUCCGAAGCUACCCCCUCGGCCGAGCCUGGCCAAACCCCUUCUUCGAAAGCCGAAUAUUCAAGUACAGCUGUCGAUCCUCCCAACGAAGCGCUACGAGCUGCUGCUAAGGAUGGAACAUUGGCAGAGAGGAAUGAACAGCCUCAUGCCGAAUUUGGUAAAUUGGGAAACAAAGAGGCAUGGAAACAUCGAAAGUAG